AUGAAUGCUACCAACUGGAUAGAAGCUCUGACCAUGCCCUCAAGAUCAGUCAAACAUCGUCCCAAUGAUCUAAGGAAUGGACUUUGUUCACGGUGCCAACUACAUCUACAUGGGUACCAUGCUCCCUCAUGUAUGUUCACUCAUUCAAUCUCUCCAUCACAUGAUCACUCUGUCCAUCACUUCAUCCAAUCACUCAAUCAAUCAUUGAUUGUGAAUGGGUUAGUUGUUAGUGAGACCCCUACGUCGCCUCGAAUGAGCACACCGUCAAUCAUCGCAACGUGGAUAAUCCUCAAACAACACGAUGGCCUCGAGGAGUGCCGGUGUGGCCGGAUCGAAGGACAGGUCGUAGAUGUCGCCCGAGAUACACGACGUUCACCUACUCCAACCUUGUGGCCAACCUCCCCACUGAUGGCACCAACACAUUCAACGCGACCAUUGAGAAUGAUCCUUCAUCUUAAAUCCUGGAGAAUAUGA